UUUACAAAUAUGCCUUAUUUUUGUUUAUAGGUGUAAAACGAAAGUGUAUGUAGACAACCUUCCCACAACAAGUGUUGUCAUUGUUUUUCACAAUGAGGCUUGGAGCACACUUCUACGAACUGUUCAUAGUGUGAUAAACCGGUCACCACGACACAUGCUGGAAGAAAUUGUCCUCGUCGAUGAUGCCAGUGAAAGAGACUUCUUGAAAAGACCACUGGAGAAUUACGUGAAAAAAUUAAAAGUACCUGUUCAUGUGAUUCGAAUGGAACAGCGUUCUGGAUUGAUUAGAGCCAGAUUAAAGGGGGCUGCUGCUUCUAAAGGCCAGGUCAUCACCUUCUUAGAUGCUCAUUGUGAAUGUACAGUAGGCUGGCUUGAACCUCUGCUGGCAAGGAUCAAAGCUGACAGGAGAACAGUAGUGUGUCCCAUCAUUGACGUAAUUAGCGAUGACACCUUUGAAUAUAUGGCAGGUUCUGACAUGACCUACGGUGGAUUCAACUGGAAGUUGAAUUUUCGUUGGUACCCUGUUCCUCAGAGAGAGAUGGAUCGACGGAAAGGAGAUCGAACCCUUCCUGUUAGGACACCUACAAUGGCAGGAGGUCUUUUUUCAAUAGACAGAGAUUACUUUCAGGAAAUUGGAACCUACGAUGCUGGAAUGGAUAUUUGGGGUGGAGAAAACUUAGAAAUUUCUUUCAGGAUUUGGCAGUGUGGUGGCACUUUGGAAAUUGUAACUUGUUCACAUGUUGGGCAUGUGUUCAGAAAAGCAACACCAUAUACUUUUCCAGGAGGUACAGGGCAGAUAAUCAACAAAAAUAACAGGCGGCUUGCAGAAGUCUGGAUGGAUGAAUUCAAAAACUUUUUUUACAUCAUUUCCCCAGGAGUUACUAAAGUUGAUUAUGGGGACAUAUCAUCACGACUUGGACUAAGACGCAAGCUCCAGUGCAAGCCUUUCUCCUGGUACCUGGAGAAUGUUUAUCCCGAUUCCCAAAUUCCACGCCAUUACUUUUCUCUGGGAGAGAUAAGAAAUGUGGAGACAAAUCAAUGUCUGGAUAACAUGGCAAGAAAAGAAAACGAGAAAGUUGGAAUCUUUAACUGCCAUGGAAUGGGUGGCAAUCAGGUUUUCUCAUAUACUGCCAACAAAGAAAUUCGAACAGAUGAUUUGUGUUUAGAUGUAUCCAAACUUAAUGGCCCAGUAACGAUGCUCAAGUGCCACCAUUUGAAAGGAAAUCAGCUUUGGGAAUAUGAUCCAGUGAAAUUAACCCUGUUGCAUGUGAACAGUAACCAGUGCCUGGACAAAGCCACCGAAGAGGACAGCCAGGUACCCAGCAUCAGAGACUGCAACGGCAGCCGCUCCCAGCAGUGGCUGCUUCGCAACGUCACCCUUCCAGAAAUAUUCUGAGAGGUUCUAAAGAAAAACAAGGAUUGACUGGGCUACCUCGGCUGAUAAUUUGGCUACACUGUCAAGUAGCAACAGAAGAAACUUCUGCUCGGCAGAAUCCACAGUUCGUCAGCUGUUAGAACUCCUGCAGCUUCUCAGUAGCUGUGAACCAGCCUUCCUGUGUAAGGAUGUGAAACUACCACACAUACUAGUGAAACUGCGCCCACUGAUGUUUACAAGAUCGAAAGAGUUUCUUCCAGCAAAUAAUUUCAAAAAUGUUUGGACAGUGGAAACAUAAUCAAUGAAAUAGUCUCUCUGAAGAGCUGCAUAUCGUUGUAGUUUGCUUGCACAUCAGUAACCUCUGCUGAAAGUGCUGUUGUAAUGAAGAAAGUUCUAAGAAUUUUUUUUUUUCCUGGUUAGCAGUGGUAACCAGACUACUAAAUAUAGAUCCACAAAUAAAUGUGAGAGAGAGCUGGAAACCAGAUUCAAUAACAUGAAAUAAGAAUUCUGUGGUUUAAAAACAAAAAGUAAACAGGGUUUAAUGGAAAGUAAAUCAGAACUAUGAAAAGUACAAUUUGUUAUAGUGAAGUAUCAAAUUUGUAUGUAGAUUUUAUACCUCAGUGGGGGAAAAUAACCAAGUCAAAAGGCAAUUGUUUCUCUUUUUCAAUUGUGUGAUAGUCCAUAAAUACUAUUUUUUUUUUUAUGGUGGGUCUAAAAUUAUUUUGGGCGCAAACAAAAUGAGCAUAAGAAUAAACUUAGCUCUUGAAUGUCAGAUCAACUUUUUUCAUCUUUUUAAUUUUAAUUUCUUGGCUGUUGGAAUUGUAUCUCUUUAUUACUGUCUGAAAACUGGAGGUUAACAUGCUGUCUAACUUUUUUUUUGUCCAGACCUGCCAUUUCAGUUUAUACUUGGGUCAGUCAGCUUAUGGACUUUCAUGGCCAAACAAAAGAUUUAAACACACUUUGAAAUUAUUAAGUUAACUUGACGGAAUAUGCUUAGCGCCCAAGACUCAUACUACUGUACUGUGGUUUUGUUUUCAUAGCAAUAAAUCUUUUGUUCCUUGUUUGAUUUCAGUCAUCAGAAAGCCAGAAGAAAAGAUACAUGAUUUUGGGUAGCAGGAGAUCAGCAAAACUGAGGGUUUUCUGGAAUCCUUUUUCACUUCAUAUUCAGAUGUGCUUCAUUGUCAAGUGCAUAUUUAGAUUAGACUCUGAAUUGUAAUGUUGAUCUGCUGCUUUUUUCUAAUAAAACCUAAAGAAAAAUAGCUAAAUUGGCAUGGUUUUUAAAGUUAACAUAGCCAAAAGCAAUAUGACUAUGUCAUUACAUUGGUCUGCAUUUUUUAACUGAAUUGCUUUGUUUUCUUAACAAAAGUCUGUGUGGGCUGAUCUUGAAAAUGAGCCACUGAACACUCAGAGUAUACAUUGAAUUUUCUUUUGGAAAGAAAAAUGAGAUUUGCUUAAUAGAGAGGAUAUUUUUAUGAUAAAUGUCGUUGUUUGGCCAACUGUCCUGUAAAGCAAAUUAAACCUAGACUCAUGCAAAA